GUCCUCGCGGCGCGCGGCGCAGAGCUGCCGGGGACAGCACCAUGGCAGGGCCGGCCCCGCGCUGCCCCGGCGGCAGCCGCUUUCUGGACGCAGAAGCGUCUAAAUCCCGAAAGAAGACCUGCACAAGAUACAAGAUCUGUGGACUGCUCUUUGGCGUGCUGGUGAUUUCUCUUAUUCUGAUAUUUUUUGGUGUAAAGUAUGUCUGGAACGCAACGCCCAAAAAAAUUUACGGCCUGGAGCACACGUUCCUCAGCGGCGGCGAGAAGCAGAAGGUUGUGAUGGAGAUCGACCCGCUGGCCAGAACGGAGACCUUCAGGACCGGCAACGGCAGCGAGGAGAUCCUGGAGAUCCACGACUUCAAAAACGGAAUAACUGGUAUCUUCUUUGUGGGACUUCAAAAAUGCUUCAUCAAAACUCAGACUAAAGUCAUACCCGAGACUACGGAGGCCAAGAUCCCCGAACUUGAGGGAGAAGAAAUUACGAGCACCUACUUUGAGCAGUCCAUGGUCUGGGUCCCUGGAGAAAAGCCUAUUCAGAAUAAGGAGUUUCUAAAGAGCUCCAAAAUCUUUGACAUCUGUAGAAAUGUGACCAUCUACUGGAUCCACCCAACGAUGAUAGCAGGCUCUUCUCCUGAGCUCGCCAACCUCGGAGAGGGAGAUGACGACACUGAGCUGCUUGUGAACAACCAAAGUUGGCUGGACAGUGGGAACGAACACAAGGGCGAGAAGGAUGCACAACUGGGGCCCAAGCGUCGGGCACGACAGCUCACUGAGGAGGAUCUGCCCGUCAAUGACUACACGGAGAAUGGGCUGGAGUUUCACCCGUUGUGGGACGAGCGAGGCUACUGCUGCGCCCAGUGCCGGCGCGCCAACCGCUACUGCCGGCGGGUGUGCGAGCCCCUCCUGGGCUACUACCCCUACCCUUACUGCUACCAGGGCGGGAGGGUGAUCUGCCGGAUCAUCAUGCCAUGCAACUGGUGGAUAGCGCGAAUGCUGGGCCGGGUCUAGGGGAGCACCUCAGCGUCCCGGAGAAGAGGGGACUCACUUUUUCUCAGGCGUUUGCAUGCUGCCCCCGUGCUAGCCUGCCGUGUUGUGAGCUGUCCUGAUGUAUCCUGAUGUAGCUAAAGUCUAAGUCAUUAUCUGCUUGAUUACCGGCGAGCGUGCACUGAGCACGCAGCCCCCAGGGGACACGUGUGGACUGCUCCCAGGGGGCUGGGGACGGUUGUGCUUGACUGUAUCGCCGUCAUGCUGAGCACCAAGAGGCAAACAAUAAACGUCUUGUA